AUGAUGGCUGAGGCUGUGAGGAGCGGAGAAGGGAAGCACUUGGGCGGGUGGCGACGGACGAUAGUGGGGAAGGAGGUCGUGUUGUUCUUCAGGUACACAGCUAUGUACGAAUUUAAUCAAUCCCGUCCGGCAUCUUCGCCGAGACCGGAUACGAAACUCCUCACCUUCCGUCUUUUACUCAUCUUGCAUCCACUCCUCUCCACUAUCCCUAUGGUUAUGGCGCUACCCCUUUGCUUCCUUUCCGCCCUCCCUCUUCACCGCCAGACCUCCAGUUGCAGUUUCUCUCCCGAGACGCGACACGUAUCCCCUUCCUACCGCCCCAGCACUGCCCGCCACACCCGCAACGUCCGCCGCGCCCCUGUCAUGACCAACACUGACGACCUGCUCAUAAUCGGCGCGGGCACCCUGGGCCGUCUCAUUGCUACAGUCUGGCGCGAGGCCCACCCGGCUGCCACCAUCCUCGGAGAGACGCGCAGCGCAACCUCGCACGUGGCCGUGGCUUUGGCGGGCGCCACGCCCUCGCUGGCGGGUAGCUCCACUGAAAAGUUCCCUUACGUUGUAUUUUGCGCACCUCCCGGUCAAUCGGAAGACUAUCCCGCCGCUGCCGCUAUCGCCGCAAGCCGCAUCUCGUCUGGAGGGCGCCUCGUCUUCACGUCGUCGGGCUCGGUGCACGGGCGCAGCGCCACCCGCAUCACGGAGGAGACCCCCGAGUUGAGGGAGGGGCGCUCGUUAGUGCUCGCCGAGGCGGAGGAUAAGGUGUUGGCCGUGCCCGAAGGCAACGUCAUCCGCCUAGCGGGGUUGUAUACGAGGGAUCGAGGGCCGCACGUGUUUUGGCUGAGAAAACGGGCCGUGCCAGGGCCCGUAGACUCCUUCGUGAACAUGCUGCAUUAUGAGGAUGCCGCGACAGCUGUGGUUGCAGUGCUAAGGAUGAAGGAAGAGAAGCGAGAGGGGCGGAGCAAGUUUUUGGCGUGCGCGGAGAGAUCAGUGACGCGACGAGAGAUUUGUGAGGCCGCUUUGAAACAUCCCAAGUACAAGGAGACGGGCGUGCCGGAAUAUGGAGAGGGCGAGGCAGGCGAGCCUAGGCUGUAUGAUGGGUCGUGGACUAGGCGGGUGACGGGGUGGAAGCCCAAGUACGAGGCUUUUGACGACUUUAUGGAGAUCGAUGCGGAAAGUUCUUCUCUAGGACGGUCCCAUGUCAAUGGGAAGACGUCUCAAAAGAUACAGCAGUACCCUGUUUCUCGAGGCUAA